GCCUUAUUGUAUCUCGCUUCCUAUUGGUCAGAUUCCGUGCCCACUGCUGUCUGUUGGCGCGGAAUAACCGGGAGUUGAAAAAUAAUAAUACAAAGUAAAAACUCAGUUUUAUAAGGAUAUCUGCGGGGAGUUUCACAAGAAUGGAGAACGGCAGGGCCCAAUUUCCAUUUCCCUACCAGCCCUAUAACAUCCAGGAGCAGUUCAUGCAAGCAUUGUACAGUGCACUUGACCUGGGCAGAGUUGGCAUCUUUGAAAGUCCUACUGGAACGGGCAAGUCUCUGAGUCUGAUAUGUGGAGCUCUGAGCUGGCUCACAGACUAUGAGGAGAGGAGGAGACAGGAGGCAGCUGCCCUGCUGCAUGAAGGAGAAGCCGCUCUUUCCAGGUCUACUGCUCAGACCCUCACUACCAGCUCCUCAGAAGAGCCUGACUGGAUCACUGAUUUUGUUCAAAAAAAGGCUGAACGUGAUUUGGUUACAAAGUUGAAGGAGGAAGAAUUGAAAAGAAAGAAGAGGGAAGAACGGUUAGAAAUGAUCAGAAACAACGUCCAACUAAAGUAUGCUAUCAAAAGAAAGAGCUGUGAGGAUGACGAGGCAUUCAAGUUGCUCCAACUCAGUAAAGAAGAACAAACGGAGACACAAGGAGAUCAAGAGGAUGAGGAGCUUAUCAUUGCAGAAUAUGAGAGUGAUGAUGAGUCAAAGAGUAAAAGCAGAUUCUGUGGUCCUGAAGAUGAUGAAGAUGACGAACUCAUCGAAGUACAUGUCACUAAGAUUUACUACUGCAGUCGCACUCACUCCCAGCUGGCCCAAUUUGUCCAUGAGGUUCAAAAGAGCCCCUUCAGCAAGGACAUCAGUCUGGUCACACUGGGCUCACGGCAAAAUUUGUGUGUCAAUGAGGAGGUGCGUCGCCUGGGCAGCAUCCAGCGCAUUAAUGACCGCUGCAUGGAGAUGCAGAAAAACAAACAUGAGAAGCAGAAUUGUGAAGAGGGCGUGAAGCGUAAGCGAGGCCCAGCAAAGAGUGUGUGUCCCUUUAAUAAAGCUUCAGCACUGCAGCAGAUGAGGGAUGAAGUUCUGGGGGCCAUCCACGACAUAGAGCAGCUGCUGAAGCUGGGCAGGGAAACGCAUUCAUGUCCUUACUACGCCACACGCCUCGCUAUUCCCACUGCACAGUUGGUAGUGUUGCCCUAUCAGAUGGUGCUUCAUGAAGCUACAAGAAGGGCAGCAGGGGUCCAGCUGAAGGGACAGGUGGUGAUCAUAGACGAAGCUCACAAUCUUAGUGACACACUCUCCUGUAUACAUAGUGCAGAGCUGACUGGAGCACAGCUCUGCCGUGCUCACUCCCAGCUCACCCAGUAUGCUGACCGCUAUAAGAGCAGACUGAAGGCAAAGAACCUGAUGUACAUCAAACAGAUUCUGUUUGUUAUUGAAGGGCUUGUCCGUGUGCUGGGAGGAAAGGUGGGGCCGAAUCCACAGAACCAGACUACACAAACAGCAACAGAGGUGCUUACCAUUAACAACUUCCUCUUCAAGGCUCAGAUCGACAAUAUCAACUUGUUUAAGUUACAGAAAUAUUUUGAGAAGAGCAUGAUCAGCAGAAAACUGGGUGGCUUUGUGGAGAAGUAUGCAGGGUCAGGUGUGAGUCUGCACACUCAGAGCAGCUCCAACAAAGAGAACCGACGCACAGAGGGCUUAAACCGCUACCUUCAAACACUGCAGACCAACCAGAGCGCUGCACCAGUUUCUUCAGCAGCCCAGCAGGGGUCUUCAGAGGCAGAGAAAGUGCUAUCUGCGUCUCCCAUGAUGCAGGUGGAGGGUUUCUUUAUGGCUCUCACCAACAGCAACACUGAUGGCAGAGUGGUGGUGCACAGACAAGGUACUUUGUCAGGAGGCAGUGUCAAGUUCCUGCUGUUGAAUCCAGCAGUCCACUUUGCCCAGGUGCUGAAGGAGUGCAGAGCAGUCAUCAUUGCAGGAGGAACCAUGCAGCCUGUUUCAGACUUCAAACAAGAGCUACUGUUUUCUGCCGGAGUGGGAGAGGAGCGCAUCACUGAGUUUUCCUGUGGUCACGUAAUUCCUCCCGAGAACAUUCUUCCCAUUGUCUUGUGCAGCGGUCCAUCUGGUCAGGAGCUGGAUUUUACUUUCCAAAAUAGAGACUCUCCACGCAUGAUGGAUGAGACAGGGCGCAUUCUCUCCAACAUUUGUAACGUGGUGCCAGGAGGGGUCGUGUGUUUCUUCCCAUCUUACGAGUACUCGAGGCGGAUCAUUUCUCACUGGGAGGCCAGCGGUGCUCUGACUCGCCUGGCUAACAAGAAGAAGAUCUUCCAGGAGCCAAAGAAGGCCAACCAGGUAGAGCAGGUGCUGAGUGAGUUCACCCGUUGUAUCCAGAGGUGUGCUCUGGACAGCAGUGGACUCACAGGGGCGUUACUGUUCUCUGUGGUUGGAGGAAAGAUGAGUGAGGGCAUCAAUUUCUCUGAUGAUUUGGGCAGGUGUGUGGUGAUGGUGGGAAUGCCGUAUCCCAACAUUAAAUCCCCAGAGCUACAGGAAAAGAUAUCCUAUCUGGACAAACACCUGCCUCAGAGUGGAGGGAGGAGCCCUGGCCAAGCACUGAUAGAAAACCUCUGCAUGAAGGCUGUCAAUCAGUCCAUAGGAAGAGCUAUCCGUCACCGUGGCGACUAUUCCUCCAUUGUCCUAUGUGACAGACGUUACUCCAGACCCGCUACGCUCUCUAAACUGCCCACAUGGAUCAAAGAUCGCACCAACACAUACACAACUUUCGGCCCUGCUUUUGCUGCCUUGAGGAAGUUCUUCCAGGAAAAAAAGCAGAAGCAGGUGUAGUUUCCUCCUGAAGGGUUCAACUGACGUCUCCCCAUUUUCUCAACUGUGCAAUUUAAAGACUGGGACAAGAGCUGGGUGAGGCGGAACUUCAGGGAAAUCCAGUGUAACAGUGGUCACUCUAAUUUUCUAGAUUCCUAAUAAAACAAAAU